AUGGCGAUCGCGUGCGUGAGGCUCGUCGCCAAGGCCGCUAUCGGUGGUGCCAAAGUCCUCUUCCUCCCCGAAGCCGCAGAUUACAUCGCCUCGAGCCCGCAAGAAUCCCUCUCCCUAGCCCAACCGCAGUCCCAGUCCCCCUUCGUCCUCGGCCUCCAGGAAGCAGCAAAAACCCACUCCGUCGCCGUAAACGUCGGCAUCCACGUCCCCACAACAGACGCCCAGAAGCCAGCCGUAAUAGCAGCAGCCGUAGACGCCGCCGCCGCCGCCACUCCAAAACUCCUCAACCGUAGCCUCUGGAUCAACGCAGACGGCACCAUAUUCCAAGCCGCAACCUACGACAAGCUCCACCUCUUCGACUACGGCGCCCUCCGAGAAAGCGCAACAGUCCAAGCCGGCCCCUCCCUGACGGCCCCGUUCCCCACCCCCGUCGGCCGCGCCGGCAGCCUCAUCUGCUUCGACCUCCGUUUCCCCGAACCAGCCCUCGCCCUGACGCACCCGGGGCCCAAGAGCCCCUUUCUCCCCGACAACAACGGCAACGGCCCCGCCCAGAUCCUCCUCUACCCUUCCGCCUUCACUAUCCGGACGGGCCAGGCGCACUGGGAGACCCUCCUCCGGGCCCGCGCCAUCGAGACGCAGAGCUGGGUCGUCGCCGCGGCGCAGGUGGGCGCGCACAACCCGAAGCGGAGCAGCUACGGCCACAGCAUGGUCGUCGACCCGUGGGGCCGGGUCAAGCUGGAGCUGGGCGGCGUGGACGCCGAUGGCAGGGCCGAGGAGGGCGCCGAGGGGGCCAUUGGCUUUGUCGAUGUGGACUUGGACGAGUGGGCUAAAGUCAGGGAGGGUAUGCCGUUGGCCAGACGGACGUGA